ACCGAACGAAACCCGACGGCAAACGGCCAGCGACUGUCUAGUGGCUGUGUUGGCGGUGGUAAUUGAGUAUUCAGUGUUCAGUGUUGUGUUUGUCUGCGGUUUUUGCUUUCUCGCGCCACGUAAGUCAGUAACGCUUGCGAUGGCAAGUCGGUGUUUAGUGCUGGCGUUGUUGAUUGUUUGUGGUGCGAUUUUUGCUGUGAAUGCAAACCCCACCUGGCAAAAGCACGCUCAUCGGAAGCAGAAUGGUUGCGGUUAUGAGGGGUGUCCAGCUCCGAAGGAUGGCAUGAUCAAUGUUCACCUAGUACCGCAUAGUCACGACGAUGUCGGUUGGCUUAAAACUGUCGAUCAGUAUUAUUACGGCAGUCGUAAUAACAUCCAGAAAGCGGGCGUGCAGUACAUUCUCGACUCGGUUGUGCACGAGCUGCUGAAAGAUCCGAACCGUCGCUUCAUCUACGUCGAGUCGGCAUUCUUCCAGAAAUGGUACCUGGAACAGACGCCCGAGAUGCAACGGCAGGUGCACAUGUUGGUAGAGGAAGGUCGGCUAGAAUUCGUCGGUGGUGCCUGGAGCAUGAAUGAUGAGGCAGCCGUUCACUACCACAGUGUGGUGGAUCAGUUUACGUGGGGCUUACGGUUCCUGAACGAUACGUUUGGCGAGUGCGGACGUCCACGGAUCGGUUGGCAGAUUGAUCCGUUCGGCCAUUCGCGUGAGCAGGCGUCGCUGUUCGCGCAGAUGGGCUACGAUGGUCUAUUUUUCGCACGGCUCGAUUAUCAGGACAAAAACAAUCGUAUGCAGACGAAAACGCCGGAAAUGGUUUGGUACACUAGCAACAGCUUGGAGGAGAAUGAACUGUUCACUAGCGUGCUGUACAACCAUUACUCGGCACCGCCGGGCUACUGUUUCGAUGUGCUGUGCAACGACGAUCCGAUGAUUGACGAUCAGCAGAGCACUGAUUACAAUAUCAAAGCAAAGAUUGACACAUUUAUCACCUGGUUGGAGAAAAUGGCCGAAUCUUAUCGUACGAACAAUUUGAUCCUCACCAUGGGUGAUGAUUUCAACUACAUGAACGCCGUAAUGAACUUCAAAAAUAUGGACAAGCUUAUCAAGUACACAAACGCACGGCAAUCUGAGGGUUCGAAGAUAAACGCAUUCUACUCCACACCUUCCUGCUAUGUUAAGGCGGUUCAUGAAGCUGGUGUUGAACUACCGACCAAGUCUGACGAUUUCUUCCCUUACGAAUCCGAUUAUCAUUCAUUCUGGACGGGUUACUACACUUCUCGACCAACCCAGAAGCGUUACGAGCGAGAGGGAAACCACUUCCUGCAGGUAUGCAAACAACUGUCGGCUAUUGCUCCAACGAAGGAAGACUAUUACGAGGCGCAUCUAACUGCCCUGCGUGAUGUGAUGGGAGUGAUGCAGCAUCAUGACGCGAUCACCGGUACUGAGAAGCAACAUGUAGCGGACGACUAUGCUCGCAUGCUGUACGAAGGAUUUGAGGCUUGCAGUGCCAAUAUCCGGUCGGUUCUGAAUCAACUGUCUGGAUAUCGCGAGGACGGCAAGUUCGAUUGGAGCUACUGUAAGCAGGCAAACAUCAGUGCUUGUGCAACGACCGAGAACGCGGACAAUACGGUGGUAUUGCUGUACAAUCCUCUCGGAUACGGCUCGAACGACUAUGUACGACUACCGGUAAAGGAUGGUCAGUAUUCGGUACUAAACGAUCGCGGACAGACGGUUCCAUCAACGUUGGUUCCGAUCCCGAGCUCUGUGAUCGAUCUUCCGUUCCGCGAAAGCGAGGCAACCCAUGAACUUGUGUUCCAGGGAGAGCAAGUCCCUCCAGUAGGCUACAAGACGUACUAUGUCUCCAAGGAAGAGUCUCGGGACUCGUCCUCUACAGAAAUGCGCCAGGAAGAUAAUGUGAGCAUUGGAAACGAGCAUGUUUCGGUCAAUUUCGACGAGAACGGAUUCAUGAGCUCGAUUACUGUUCACGGAGAGACCCACUCUCUCAAGCAAAACUUCUUGUACUACGAUGGAGCACUUGGAAACAAUGAGGAGUUCCGCAACAGAUCUUCCGGAGCGUACAUCUUCCGACCAAACGGAACCGAAAAGGCCGUAACGGAUGUGGUUGAGAUUCAGGUGGUGAAGAGCGAUGUUGUCCAGGAAGUGCAUCAGAUAUUCAACGAGUGGAUCAGUCAGGUGAUUCGAGUGUAUGCAGGCCAGGAGCACGUUGAGUUGGAAUGGUUGGUAGGACCAAUCCCGAUCGAUGAUGGCGUAGGCAAGGAAAUCAUAUCUCGAUUUGAGUCAGACAUCAAGAGCGACGGUGCGUUCUGGACGGACUCGAACGGACGAGAAAUGCUUCGUCGCGUGCGUAACUAUCGUGAGACCUGGAAUCUAGACCUCGUUGAACCCGUGUCAGGCAACUACUACCCGGUAACUGCGAAGAUCGCCAUUGAAGAUGAUCAAUCUCGAUUGGCGGUACUGAACGAUCGUGCCCAGGGUGGGUCCAGCCUGGUUGAUGGUCAGCUUGAGCUUAUGGUUCAUCGUCGGCUCCUCCGUGAUGACGCAUUUGGUGUUGGGGAAGCACUUAACGAAACGCAGUACGGAGCAGGAUUGGUUGCCCGUGGAAAGCAUUGGCUCUUCUUCGGCUCGUCACAGAAAGACGUAAGUCCUACGCUGCAGGCAAAGGAACGGUUCCUACAGAACAAAGUGCUCCUGCCCAGCUGGCCAUUCGUCAACUCCGCUGAUAAUUUGCUGACCUUAGACGAUUUUCUAUCGGAACGCAACCUUUACUCGGCUAUCGCUACACAGCUGCCACCGAACGUGAAUCUGCUGACGCUUGAACCCUGGAAGGAUGGCACGGUGCUCGUCCGGUUCGAGCAUCUGUUCGAGAAGAACGAAGACCCAGCUUAUUCGCAAGUCGUGCGCAUUAAUGUGCGCAGCGUGCUGUUCGCGCUGAACAUCGAAAGUAUCCACGAAACUACCCUGGCGGGUAAUCAGUGGAAAGCGGACGCGAAACGUUUACAAUUCCGCGCGGAGUCUAAUGAAAUUUCGCCAAAAGAGCAGGUCGAACAUGUGCCGGUGGUGCAGGACUCCACGGACUUUGACAUUGAACUGCAACCGAUGGAGAUCAGAACGUUCGUAGUGAAGCGACGAUAGAUGUACAGGGGGAUCAUAAUAAGAGUCAAUGUUGUCACUAGAUAAGUUAAAAAGUGGAAGAAAUUCUUGUGAAUAAAAUAAAAUUAUUUGGAAAAUAAUA